UAUUUGAAAAAGGGGUCAUCAGAUGGAAGACAGGAGCAUUAUGUCCUUUAUCUCUUAUGGCAGAGUGGAUUGGCAAAGUUACAAACUGUUUUAGUUUGUACUAAGAACUCACUUCCUGUUGCUUUCACUCAUUCCCCACACAGUACCCAAUGAAUGUUAUCUGCACAGCUGGUUUUCCUUUAUUUAGAGCACAAUUCCUGUUCACUGCAGUCAUACAGGAGAAUGACUGACCCUUGUCAUUUUCUUUGGUUUUCCCAGCCCAUAAAAUUAGGAAGUAGCCCCCAUAGUAAUUUGUGAUCUUGACAUUUGUCCAGCAGAGAAUGAGUUAAUGUAGUCACUGGAAAAUUCUGGAUGGAAACCAAUGUGUUCUGGAUCAGUGGUUUGGCAAUGGUCAAAUGCCAGUUUUCCCGUGUUCUUAUGAACAGUUUUACAUACAGAACUGUCCUAGAAAUGCACCUAGGUAAGAAUGAACAGAAGAGAGGUACUGUGGUAGACACAGGCUUUGUGUCAUGCUGGUUUCCAGUUUAAAAGCCAGUAGGCUGGCAAUUUUAAAGGAACAGCAGCAAAGUGAUGACCAGGUGCCAAGUGCCAGCUUUCCUUAUUCAUCAGAUUCAAGAAGAAUUGGGUAAAGAAGAAGAAGAGAUGAUGGUUUUCCUGUGCCGAGACCUUGCUCCUGACUUGGCCAAUGCUGAUCUUAAAGAGAUCCUGCUGGCUUUGAAUGAGAGAGAGAAACUGACUCCUGUUGGCUUAUCUGAGCUGUUGUACAGAGUUAAGAGGUUUGACUUGCUGAGGAGGAUCCUGAACACUGAGAAAGCAACAGUGGAAGCUCACCUUGCCAGGAGUUUCAGACUUAUCCCUGAUUACAGGGUACUAAUGGUAGAGAUAAAUGAAAAUCUGGAAAAAGAUGAAGUGGGUUCUCUUGGUUUUCUACUCAGAGAUUAUGCACCUCGUAUGAAAAUGGCAAAAGAUAAGAGUUUUCUAGCCCUUAUAAUUGACCUAGAGAAGCUAAAUUUGGUGGCUCCUAAUCAACUGGAUCUGAUAGAAAACUGUUUUCGAAGUAUUCACAGGAUAGACUUGAUUAGGAAGAUUCAGACGUACAAACGCAAAGCUUCAGUGUCCUCCGUUCAUUGUCAGCCAGUUUAUGUAAAUGCUCAUCCAGCCUCUCUCCCUAAUUUCAAUCUGAUUGAGCCUCCUUAUCAUUCAGGGAUUCAGAAUGAGAGCAUGAAAAAAUUACAAAAUGGAUCAAGUCUUACUCUGGCUGCAGCAGAACCGCUUCACUUGUCCAUUGAGGAGUCAGGAUCAGUGCCACAUAAGAUGUCUGGUGAUUCCUAUAGAAUGCAAAGUCAACCUUUAGGAAUAUGCCUGAUAAUAGAUUGUAUUGGCAAUGACACUGAUGUGUUGGAAGAGACCUUCAGAGGCUUAGGCUAUGACGUUCAUUGUCACAGAUAUUUAAAUAUGAGCUCCAUGAAUCAAACAUUGCUUGAAGUUGCAAGGUGGCAGAAACACAAAAAUUGUGACAGCUUCGUUUGCAUAUUGGUCAGCCGUGGAAACUCUCAGAGCAUCUUCUGUACAGACCACACCUUUUCUGGAUUCCCUUUGGAACAAAUAAAGCAAUACUUUACAGCAGACUCAUGUCCUGGACUCCUAGGAAAACCAAAGCUUUUUUUUAUUCAGAGCUAUGUUGUGCCAGAAAAUGAGCAAGAAUGUACCUGUCUGUUGGAAGUUGAUGGCAAUGCUGAUAAUAAUAUCAGAGCUAAAGUCACUAUUCCCCAUACAGCAGACAUCUUUUGGAGUCAUUGCAAGGUGGAUGUGUCUACACUAGAACAAUCCCCAACUGCACCCUCAAAAUAUCUACGCUGUCUGGCUGAGCUACUCCGUAAUCCUUAUAAAAGGAAACUCUGUAUAUUGGCUAUCCAUAUGGAACUGAACAAAAAAGUUUAUGAUGGGAAUAUGACCGCUGACCCAAGUCAACAGUACUCACUGCUGCUCCAGCACACACUGAGAAAGAGACUUUUUUUCCCACUUGAUUGCUGUUAAAAAGUACAUAUC